GAAUUAUUCGUGUUUGGCUACUCGUGCAAAUUGUUCAGGGACGAUGAGAAAGCCCUGCACAUUGAUCAAGGAAAACACCUCAUACCAUGGAUGGGGGAUGAAACUUUGAAAAUCGACAGGUUCGAUACGUUUUUUUCUAUAAGACUGCUAAUUGUGCGCUAAAAAGUUAUAAACUGUUAUUACUUAUCAGAAAAUUAAAUUUUUGGAAGUUCCUAAGUAUUUCGCAGAAAAGAUUUAAAGUGGCAGCGUCUUGAAGAUGAGGGUAGCUGUCUUCGUCGCUGGCAUCGCAUUAGUAAUGGUGACCUCCCUUUGUGGUAUGACGCAAGAGGAGCCCUACAUGACCUUACGCCCCUGGAGGCCCCUCCGGGGGGCUUUGACUGGCGUGUGGAACUCACCAAGGCAGAAAGGGAUGUGGAACAGCUGUGUGACAAUGAGCGAUACCGUGCGCUGCAUACUAAUGAAGAUGAAGAGGAGAUGUACAAGGAGGAGGAGUUGAAACGUCUCCACGCAGCUGGCUACGGCCAGGUUGGUUUCAACUACGACACACAGCAAGAAACACCCAAAGAGACGCCUGUCGUUGAAGUUGAGGAGCCCUUCGUACCAUCGGAAGGAUUGAAAGCUCUGUUGCCUGUUGAUAUAGUUUUUCCUGAAACAGAAAAGCAAAAUGCCAUAAUUGAGAAAACAGCAAACUUUAUAGCAUCACAAGGAGUUCAAAUGGAGAUUCUGAUCAAAGCGAAGCAGGGUGACAACCCUCAGUUCAAGUUUCUCAACAAAGAUUCCACAUUAAAUACAUACUAUACAGCUCUGAUAGGGCUGGUAAAGGCAGGAAAAUGGCCGGAGAAAAAACAGGAGGUUGUAGAAGAGAAACCUGUGGAAAAUACUGAUGAAUACCUACAUCCAAGUCUAGCAUCAACUAUUAUUGAAUCUGCGCCCUCCAUACCCAGUAUACACUACAAGCCCUCAGCCGACUGCGAUUACACAAUGCUAAUAUCCAAGAUGCGGGGCGAAGCGACAAUAGACGAGACAUACGCGCCCGAACUAGCGCCCGGGGAAGUGGCCCCGCCGGGCACGGAGCCUUUGCCCCCACGGAGCAAUGCGGAGAUCAGUAGGGCUCCGGUUAUGUACAAUCAGACGGAUAAAGCAGUGACACAAGCGUACCAGCAAUAUGCGGCAUACUACCAACAGUACUUGGCACAAACACAGGUGCAAGCACCAGUAGUGCCUGUAGUACAGCCAACAAUACCUCCGACUAAAUCCACAGGCCUUAGUCUGAUGAAGAACUAUAAUUCGGAUAGUGAUAGUGAAGAAUCAGAUUACGAAGACAGCUCAUCAUCAGACGGCAAAGACAAGCCAAUCAUAAUAACUCCGCCGGAAGACGUCAAAGUCGUGAUCGACAAGAUGGCGGCAUAUGUAGCACGGAAUGGCGACGAGUUCGCUGAAAUUGUGCGCGCCAAAAACGAUCCGCGAUUCACUUUUUUGGAUCCAGAUAAUAUAUACCAUCCGUUUUAUAAGAAGCUAAUGCAAGAAAAGAGGGGUGUAAACGUUAAUGGGAAGGAGAAAGUGAAGAAGAAAAAAGCGCCAGUAUCAUUUUCAAUAAAGAAACAUAAAGAACCAGAUCCAAUACUUCCCAAACCGGCUCUACCUUACGAAUCGAGUUCCGAAGAUGACGACAAAAAAGACGCCCAAAACCAAAACGAUACAGAAACAAAAGAAUCCAAUACACCACCUACAAAUAUACCCCCAGUUACUUUAAUGAAUAAUAUUGCUCCGGUUAUAUACAAAAUAGAGAGUUCUCAAAAUAACUUGCCCCAAGUUAAAGUGAUUGAACAAAAUGUGGUGAAAGUAGCGGAACCUAUAAUAUACAAGCCUCAACCUCUACCACUGCCAGUGAAAGAAGUCCCCAAAAUUGAUGUUAUACCAGAAGCACCAACACCACCUAUAAUAACACCAAAAGAACAGCAAGAAACCAAAGAGAAAACCCCGGAACCGGAAUUGAACCAAAAAGAAAUAAAACUAGAUGAAGAAUAUCGAGAGAAACGGCGGGAAAAGAAAAAGCACAGGUCGAAAUCGGAAAGCAGAGAGUCUAGGAAAACAGAAGAACGGAUAAAGAAAAAAGAUAGAGAUAGAAAUUUGGAAAGAGAAGCAAGACGUGAUUAUGAAAGGGAGCGUCGGGAGAAAUAUGAGUCGAAGAGAGAAAGGGAUAGAGAUAUAGAUGUGGAAGCUAAGAGGGAAAGAGAUGGUGACAGAGAUUGGCAAAUGAGAGACAAAGAUAGCGAAAAGCACAAGCGAGACAGGGAUGGUGAAAAGGAGUGUAAAAGGGAUAGUGAAAGACAUAGGAAGAGAAGGAAAAAGAGUAAAGAGAAGAUUGAAGAUGAGAUCAUUAAUUUAGAAGAUAACUCGGAUGAAAUGAUCGAUUUGACGGGAGAUCAAUCCGAUAGUAAAGGAGAUGCGGACUCGGAAACGGACCGAAGCAAGCAACAAGAGAGACGGAGACGAGCGGCCGAGUUCCUCAAGAAGGUUGGAGUGGAUCCCGCAGCUGCAGCACUGCCGCAUACUUCGCUGGCUAGUGCUAUGGUUGAUACGUUAGAGUCACUUAGAAAGAAAAAAGCAGACGAAGAAGAGAAAAGACGCAGACGAGAAAAGCGAAGGAGACGGGACAGAUAUGAUUACGACGAUGAUACGGACCGACAUAGGAGGCGAAGGAAAAGGAACAAAUCAUCGGAUGACGAAGAAUCGGAUUAUGAUGGAACAAAGAAAAGGCGGCGCAAGAAAGAAAAGAAACACGCAAAGAGCAAGAAAAAGCGAAGGCACGAAACAGAGUCAGAGGAAGAUCAACCGUUACCGAUUAAUAUUGAUCUCACAAACACAUUAAAAGAGUUGAGAAACGCAUCACCCACAAAAGAAUUGCUCAUCGAGAAAGUGAGUCCAAUAAGAGAAGUGAGAGAAGAAGAAAGAGAUGGGAGAAAAGAGAAGAAGAGAGAGUACAGUGAGGGGGAGUGGUCUAGCGACAGUGAGGAGGAUUCCGUGACGUCACUUAGUCAAUAAUUAUAUAUGGCGCUUUUGUAUAAUUUUAAUGUUUUAUUUGUGUAUAAACUUGGUUUUUGGUUGUUUUUUACUUUCAUAAAUGUUUUUAAAAAACUUUUCGGUUAUAUUUUAUAUGCAAAAUAAUCGUUUUAUGAUCUGUAAGGGUUUUUAGUAAAUAAAACCAGCAUUUCGAAAUAAACCAUGGAUUUAUUAAGAUCACUUAUUCACAUUAUUUAGACACUCUAGCGCAACUUGAUUGUUAACAAGCCGGUCAGCUAAGGAAGUAUAACAAAAAUAAUAGCAAUCUAUAUAAUAUGGACCAUAGUGCCUAGAUUAUAACAAAAAUUUACCAUAAACUGUUUGGUUUAUUCACAGACUAUAUAAUUUGUUCUAUUGUAUAGUCUGUGAAUAUAAAUUGUGAUCAUUCUGUUUGUUACAAAAACAAAUAAAUGGACAAUAAUUAUUGAACUAUAACUUCAUGGAUAUAAACACUUCAUGCAUUCGAAUUUUAUCACUCUUCAAGUAAUAAAAUAUAACAGAACAACGAAAUAAUUAAAAACUAGAUAGCUAGGU